AUGCAUUACGAAAUAAGAAUAAUAUAUUUUAUUUUAUUUCAAUACGUCAAUACAAUACGAAAUCCAUUGCUUGUCCAUAUUGCAGCACAUCACUUGAACUUAGAACAACAAGGUCGUGCAAGUACAACUGAAACAUAUAUCUAUCGACAUCGUCUAGUCACACGAUCGACAACAGCAUCAUCGAUAACAGGAAAUAAUUAUGAUUUCUAUUCGGCAUCGACACUAACAUCAUUUCUUAAUUAUUAUCAACCAUCACCAACGUUUGGUAAUGAAUUAUUACCAUUGAAUCAAACAGAAAACGGAUGUCCAAGACAAAAAAAUGUUCACAGAAACUGUCAACGAUCUUGUCAAGGACUAAAUCAAAAUACAAAUUGUCGUCAUCAAAAAAUUUGUAUUUGUGAUCAUAAUUGUGGAUUUUCUUGUCUUUCAAGAACUAUUGUCACCGAACGGUAUCUUUGUCCAAUAAUGAAUAAUCCACCACAUGGUCGAAUACAUUAUGAUGGUCAUUCAUUUUAUAGUCGCCUUGUUUAUGAAUGUAAUGCAGGUUAUACACUAUUGGGACCGAAAGAACGUAUCUGUGUAAGUGAUGGCUUUUGGGAACCAGUCGUUGAUGUUUACUGUAUACGUAAAGAUGAAGUUUGUAUAAUGGAUAUUUCAAUAACAAAUGGUGAUUAUACUCCAAAACAACAAGUCUAUUAUCCUGAUCAACAAAUACGUAUUGAAUGUAAUCCUGGUUGUGAACUUGAUCGACUAUCUCCUGCAUUAACAUGUUUAAAAAAUGGAACAUGGUCACCAAUAGAAACUCCAAGAUGUUUAAAAUCUCCAUGUGGCGAACCACCAUCGAUACCAAAUGCAUAUCUUGUUAAUGCAACAUCGACUUAUGCUCAAUAUGCUUGUUUCGAACGGUAUGUAUUAAAAGAUUCUCUAUCACAAAUCGAAUGUAAGCAAGGUCGCUGGCAAAAUAUUCGACCACAAUGUAUUGAAGCAAGGUGUCAACAUCCAACAUUAGAUGGUUUCAAUGGUUAUGUUUUAAAUUCACGUUCAAUAUUUCCGUCGGGCGAAGGUACAGGUCUUACAUGCAAUAAUACUCAUAGUACACAUUAUGAUCUUAUUCCAAUGAUUGAUUAUAUCGUAUGCGAUAAUCAAGGAAUAUGGAAACCAAUGUUACCGAAAUGUUAUGCAAAAUGUCGUCUACCAGACUUAGGAAAAAAUACAAUCGGCUAUUAUAUAGAUGAUAAUACAAAUGAUUGGUAUGGAAAAGAAUUGCAAACAGGUGCAUAUAUUCGGCAUGGUUAUUCAAUUAAAUAUUUGUGUCAAUGCCAAUCGACAUCAGUAUAUAAUUGUUCGUUAGUGCAGCCAGCGUUUGUUCAAUGUAUUGAUGGAGAAUGGACGAAUGGGGGUCCUCAUUGUCGAGAGAGAAUUUCUGGAAAAUGUCGAAUUCCAUUUGAUACUCCGUAUGUAUUGUUGAAUAACAAUACAAGCAUAAAUACGAUCUUGAGCGAAGGAGAAUCAUUUGAUUACGGAUGUAUAGAUGGUUAUGCGCGCAUGACAAAUGUGACAUGUACGCAAGGAAAUCUGACACCAAAGCCAUUAUGCGAACCAAAAAAUUGUACAACACAUCCUUAUUGGAUUAAGAAUGGCUAUGUUAAAUAUCAUAACAGACGACAUGGUGGUCAUGCUGAAUAUUCAUGUCGCAAUGGCUAUAAAUUAAGUAAUCAACGAAUAUUACGAUGCUUAUUUGGUAAAUGGGAAUCACCUUAUGAUCGAGAUAAUCUUGUUCAAUGUGUUGCCGAUAUUUGUCUGCAUCCAGGUGUUAUUCGUAAUGGAAAAAUUUUUGUUGUUAAUUAUGGUACAUCGCGUUAUAUACUCUCAGUUAAUGUUUCAUUAAGUCAUGGAGCUUCAUUGCAAUUUGAAUGUGAUCCAAGUUUUAUGCUUGUUGGUAAUCGUGGUUCGACCUGUUUUUCAGGCAAAUGGCGACCUGAACAAUUACCAAUAUGUAAUGAGGAUCGGCAUGUAUCCUUACAACAUACACUACACCAGUUUGUUAGUUAUUGGAUUCGUGAUCUUUCGUUUUGUCCACGUAAACGUGAAGUAGCUCGACAACGGCAAUGUUUUAAAUCAUGUUUUGAUGAUAGUGAUUGUCGAAGUCGCUAUCGUUCAUGUGUAUGUGAUUAUGAUUGUGGAAUGUCAUGUGUUAAACGAGGCAUUAGUUGUCCUUUUUUAACUCCUCCUGAACAUGGUCAUAUAACGUAUUCGAAUGGCAACAAAUUUAGCUCACGCGCUGCCUAUGAAUGUCAUGCAGGUUAUGUGCUUGAAGGUUCGAAAUAUCGUUAUUGUCAAGGUGAUAUGUGGUGGGGACCGUCCGAUGUAAUACCAUAUUGUGCUAAGGAAGUAUUUUGUGAUCGUCCACCGGAUAUAAUAAAUGCAGUCAAUGAUGUUCCAAGUACGAUUACAACAUUUCAUGCAGGUUAUUCCAUUAAAUAUACUUGUUUAACUGGCUAUGUUGGAACAGGUACAACAAUAUCUGAAUGUACAUUUUUGGGACAAUGGACAUUUUCAACGUUAAAGUGCACGCCAAUUGAUUGUGACUCACCUGGUAUAUUACGUAAUGGAUUUUUAAGUGGUGAACGAUUUGAUUAUCCGAAUAUUAUCGCAUUUUUUUGUAAUGAUGGAUAUGAACUUAUUGGAAAAGAUACAACACGAGCCUGCCAAGAAAAUGGUUUAUGGUCGGGAAGUAUGCCUGUUUGUCAAAAAAAAACAUGUGGUGCACUUCCACUAGUUCCUCAUAGUGAAGUAAUUCAACCGGAUCGAACGACAAAUGAAACUAUUCAAUACAUUUGUCAAGAUGGAUAUCAAUUAAAUGGUUCAUCCAUACUAAAAUGUAUUUCAUCUCAAUGGCAACCAGCACCACCCAGCUGUGAACCAAUAAUAUGUGAAGAUCCUCAAUCGUAUUUUAAUGGCCACAUUGAACUAAUAUCAAUUAAUAGUUCAUUGAAAUAUCUCCUCGAUUCAGUAAUUACAUUUCAAUGCCCAUCAAAUCUAAUAUUACGAGGUUCACGUAUAUCAAAAUGUCAAAUCAAUGGAACUUGGCUACCAAAUAUUCCAACAUGUGAAGAGCCAGUGUCUUGUUCAAUUCCGCCAUUACCACAAAAUGCGCGUUAUAUAAAUCUUCAUUCAUUCAAACGAAAAAUCAAUGACGGAAGCCAUUUAGAAUAUAUUUGUGAAAAUUCUCAAUAUCGUCAAAAAAUAGUUUGUCGACAAGGAAAAAUGGUACCACAAAAAUUAAUGUGUUACAAUGAUUGCCAUGUAAAUAAUGAAAACAUACAAUUUUCAAAAACAUUUUAUCGUCAUCGAGAAAAGAUUGCUUACACAUGUCCUAAUAAUACUUUAGCGUUAUCAAUUAAUGAAACAAUUCGUUGUAUUAAUGGAAAUCUUUCCAAGCAACCCAUAUGCCAAUCAAUUCAAUGUACUGUACCUCAUAUGCUUUUUCUACGUAAUAUUAUCAAUACAACAAUACCGUCUGGUACAUUAUUUGAACUAGGUACAUCAUUCGUCUAUACAUGUUCAGAAGAUUAUCAACCAAUUAUUGAAUCAGCAAGAGUUGAAUGUUCUGACGAUGGAAAAUUAUCGCAUCAACCACAUUGUGUACCACGACAAUGUAAAGAACAUCCACCAAUCAUAACAAAUGGUCGAACUAUAUUCCAAUCAACAAGACAUGGUUCUAUAGCAAAGUAUCGUUGUUUUCCAGGCUAUAGAAUUGAUAAUAAUCACUUAUCAAAAGUAACAUGUCAAUUUGGACAAUGGUUACCUAAACAGCCACCGAAAUGUUUACCAGUCUUUUGUACUAAUCCAGGUCCACUAAUAAACGGACGAAUAUUUGUCGUUUUGAAAGAUGAACGUGUAUCAACAAUGCCAAUUCGUAGUGAAUUCCGUUCUUAUAUACCAAAUGUUGGACAUGGUAGAACGAUUGAAUUUGAAUGUAACAUGGGGUACGUUCUUCAUGGCCCCUCGGGUUUAACAUGCAACCACGGUCGUUGGAUGCCGUCGGAAAGACCACGUUGUAUUUUCGAAAAUCAUGCACAUCCAGAUAUAAUCUUUACAGGAUGA